GUGAUACUGCCUCUGUUGUAACUCCCCUUGGCUGUUCAGCGUAUCUAAAAGCUGCUCUAAGUUCGUAAAGGAACACAAAAUGAGGGCUAUUUGCCCAGUUUGUGCCUCCACCUCUCCUCCAAGUUAAAGCACAUGUGCAUCCAAGUAAGCACAAAGUAUAAUGAGCCUGAUUUGUGGUUUUAAGAUAUAGCAGAUACAGGAAAGUACAUGUGUAAGCAUAUGACUUACAACUUGAUGAAUUUUCACAGACAACAUUGCUGUGGAACCAGGACCCAGAUCGACUAACAACAUGACUGACUCCCCAGGAAGUCCUCCCUUGGACCCCGCCCCCAGUUCGCUCUCCACCCAUGAAGAAUGUUUCAGACAUUUAAAGAAUGGUUUUGGUUGGAAAGAUUCUGGCUUCCUCCAAAAGUAAAGUGGUCAGACCUCGAAGAUCAUGAUGGACUCGUCUUUGUAAAACCCUCUCAUUUAUACAUGACAAUUCCAUGUGCUUUCGGCUUGCUUAUUAUCAGACAUUUAUUUGAAAAGUUUGUUGCCACACCUCUAGCAAAAGCAUUUGGCAUCAAAGAGGAAAUUCAAAAGGUUAUACCCAAUACCAUCUUAGAGAAUUUUUUCAAACAUUCCACCAGGCAUCCAUCUCAUACCGAUAUUUAUGGACUGGCGAAGAAGUGUAACCUGACAGAGCGCCAGGUUGAAAGAUGGUUUAGGACUCGGCGGAAUCAAGACAGGCCUUGCAGGAUGAAGAAAUUCCAGGAAGCUUGCUGGCGAUUUGCAUUUUACUUAAUGAUUACUAUUGCCGGAGUUGCAUUUCUUUAUGAUAAACCUUGGGUGUAUAACCUCUGGGAGGUGUGGAAUGGCUACCCAAGACAGGCCUUGCUGCCAUCCCAGUACUGGUACUACAUUUUGGAGAUGAGUUUUUAUUGGUCUCUCUUAUUCAGCCUGGGCUCUGAUGUCAAAAGGAAGGAUUUUCUCGCUCAUGUCAUCCACCACCUGGCUGCCAUUAGUCUGAUGAGCUUCUCUUGGUGUGCUAAUUACAUUCGCAGUGGGACCCUCGUGAUGAUCGUGCACGAUGUGGCCGACAUUUGGCUGGAGUCUGCUAAGAUGUUUUCUUAUGCCGGAUGGAAGCAGACCUGUAACACCUUGUUUUUCAUCUUUUCCGCCAUAUUUCUCAUCAGCCGCCUCAUUAUUUUUCCCUUCUGGAUUUUGCAUUGCACGAUGGUUGUGCCUAUGAUCUACCUCGAGCCUUUCUUUUCGUACAUCUUCCUCAACCUACAGCUCAUGGUCCUGCAAAUCCUUCACCUGUACUGGGGUUACUUCAUCCUGAAGAUGCUCAAAAGAUGCAUAUUCCUGAAGAACAUCCAGGAUGUGAGGAGCGAUGAUGAAGACGAGUAUGAAGAGGAAGAGGAUGAGGAAGAGGAGAAGGAAGAGGCCUCCACAGGCAAAGAGAAAGACGGUUUGAAGAACGGCCUCGGGGCUGACCGGCGCCUCAUUCCCAACGGGCAGCAUGGCCGUUAGCGUGAAGCCCCCGUCGUUCCUGGGCCACGUGUGUGGCAAAGACUGCCGGAAGCCAGAGGUGCCCUGUGCAUCACUGUGGCCCACAGGACUCACGGGGACCUCAGAUUCUGCCCUUGCUCUGCUCUUCCCCCCUCAAGAUGUAUUUAACAAAAUGUUGUUGAAUUGUGUUCAAAUGUUAAAUAUAAACAUUCCCAUGGAUUCCACUGCAGUUAGGACUCAGGCCGGUCAGAGAUUUCAAAGCUUUCUCCAGAGAACCGUUUCAGUUCUAAUUGUGUUCAUUCAUCGGAGACAUUUGGCUUUUUCGGGAGCUCACGGUGUUGUAGGCCUUUCACCUUCCCACCCUGCCCAUCCUCAAGAUAGUUUGAGACGUGCUGAGUUAACCCACUCAUUCCAGGUGUGUUUGGCCACAGAGAACAGCUCACUUGCCAAGAAUGAAUUCGAGGUGGCAAUGGGACAGUGGCAGCAGGACCAAACCAGGAGACCAGGCCUCCAGGCUCACGGGCCGCUUUCUGCCCUGGGCAGUUUUGCUUAGACCUUGCAAGCCUUGGUGCUUCAUCUCUCAGUUGGGAAUAAUACCUGCCCUGCCUGCCCAAUGGGGUUGGAGUAAGGAUCAAAUGAGAUAGUACAAGUGAAAGUGCCAUAUUGUCAACUGUAGGGUUAUUGCCACCUGACCCUCUUUUCACUGUGAUUCCAGCUCUGUUUGGGAGAAAGAAACCUUCCUAAACUUGGCACUGAAUGGGCCUGAACAAAAGACACUAUCUUUAAAAAAUUCAUUUUAAAUGUGUCUGGAGAUACCUAGACAUGAAAACCCCCAGAAGGCUGUUUCCAUUUUAUUCGGUAACUAUUUAUGUGUUAGCUCCCCGAGGGUAAUUCUCAAAUUCCCUGGCAAUUUUCUUCCCUCAGACCCAUGGCCAAGGGGAGGGAGUUGGGGCCCAUUUCUUCUUUUCUGUUCUGUUCUCUUAUUUUUCUCUUAUCUAAAAGGGAAGCAUCCCUGUUGCUGCCCUGAACCCCUCCUUCAGGCCGGCAGGGCGACCCAGUACCAUAGGGUCCACCUGGAGGCCUUUUGGAGAAUGGUCAGGUUGCUCCCAGCGCCAUGAUCACCCAGGAAACCUGAGCCUCUGGGGGCCUGACGUGGGUGCGAGCUCCUGACCAAAAGGAAACCUUGGAAACAGAAAGAGGAUGCUCUGCUUUUUCAUCUCUGCUAUCCCACCCAGUCAGACUGCAUAGAGCAAAACAGGACCAAAGACAGGCUGGAAAAUGCCGCUGAAGCUGUCCAAGGUCAGGUGCUGGAGUCAGUGACAGCCCCUGGGGCCACCUGCCUCGCUGGGAGGGGGCUGGUGGGUCAGUAGCAGGCUAUCGGCUCCCCACAGGGGGCACAUCUGCUGAGCCCAGCAUGCGGGGCAGGUCUGGAGUCAUCUUAGGUUUCUGCUGCCUGGGGAGAGGCCUGGCUGAGGAGAGAAGGCUGAGCAGAAUAGGCAGCCUCCCCUCCCCCACCCCCAGUCUCUGUAGUCCUGGGUCACAUUUUGCACCUCCAUUUUCACACAGGGCCUGUAUUGUAAAGCCAAGUGGGAGCUAGGACUGGGGACCCAUAAAGCAGGACCAGGACGGCCCACGGUACACACACAGUAAAGGUGUCGGAAUUCUUUGUGUUUUACCCAAAAGAUGUUUUUUUUAACCUUCAGGCUAAACCAAAAACCCAAACCAAAAGCCCUUCAGAAUUCUUUCCCCAACAAAAUCUUCUUUUGAAGAAUUGUUAGAAUGGAAAAACGUGAGUCAAGUUUUCUCUACCUAGUACUGUUUGCUUCUGUGAGUACAGUGACAUAUGCAUUAUAUGUAGAAUGUUAUAUUAUCAAUCUAAAAUGCCUCCACUCAUGUCGGGGCACAGCUGUUGAAUUAUUAUUAAUAUUAUAUAUUUUUUUUUUGGUGGAAGAAAAGCACACUUUUUUUUAUGUUUACAGUUAGCAGAUUAUUUUUUCUUUGAUUUAUUUUGAUCUUGUUUCUGUACCACAUAUCUUCUUGCUUAUGGUAAAAAAAAUUGUUGAUUUGCUGCCCUGUCCUCCAGUUCUUUUUUCUUAUUUGAACGUUGAAGGUGAAAUAUGACAAUUUCAACUACCUCUGAUACAGGUGGAAGUGUUAACCCAACUCUUAAGAGGUAGAUAUGCAUUUUUGUGACAUCCUUUAGGGCUGUUGUGGUUAAUUUUAAAGGUAACCUCUCUUUCUAUAGUAAACAGGUGAUUUGUAAACGUGCAGCCCGCCGCUCCACCACUAUUAUUGUCAUAGUAAUGACUUAUAAUAAAACAAA